CUUUGUCAGUGGGCAAACUUACAAAAUCAGCAGGGGAUCAAAUACUUUUUUCCCUCACUGUAUAUGACAUGAACUGUAAUAGUUCUCAUGUUGGAUACUGAUCAGCCAGUCUAUUCAAGGGGAAAUUGACCCUGCUAUAGUUUUUGAGGCAUUGUGAACAUUCUCAGAGUUUAGUUUUGCUGUCAAAGAUAGUUAAAUUCAUUCCAUCUCUUUGUGGGUUCUUUAUAUUGGCUAAAUCCAUUUCCCUAUUGUCUAUGUAGCUUAUUGCUGUUUCUCUCUUCACUCAUAUCUUGAACACAGAAUUGUAUCACUUUGAUCGUGAAGCUGUAUUUUUGUAUAAUUAUGUAAAUGAAAGAAAAGCUAGAGUUCUGGUGCUGUUGCUUUUUGAUUUAUUGAUUGAGAUUUGUGAAUAAAACAUAGAUUACAUCAUAUUUAGGCAGGUUAUUGGUCACCAAACAUUGCUUUAAGUUGUGAUGGUCCUUAGUUCUGUUGUCCAACAUUUGUUGGAAUAAUGUUUUUUUCCCACAUAUAGUUUUUAAGGUCUCUACUCAGUAUGAAAUGUAAUUUUCCUAGGUAAAGUAAAUAUGCCAGGGAUGGGCAACUGACAGCACACGGCCGGUCCCCUUUUGAAAGCCCUUGGUUCAAUUUCCCCCAAAAAAUACAGCAACAAAAAACAUCAUUGUUUUAAGAACUCAGUGGGGGUCUCAAUUUACUGCUGCAAGUUAGAAUUGUAGAAUACAAAAGGUGCUAUUUCGAAAUGUGGUUGUGCAUCAGCAAUGUUUCUAAUGUUAUUACAGUCACUGAUAGUCAUUCAAUUAGCGCACCAUGUCAGCUAACAUUUUUUAGAUUGCUAAAUUAGUUUAGAGGCCAGCUGACCCAAUUUGGGAUGAUGGUUGAAUUACAAGCUUGAUCCCACAUUGAUUUUGUUAGUCUGUCUCACUCAGAUAUCAUAUUAAAAACUGCAAAAAACUGCCCCCACCCCCAUCAAAGUUGCCCAUCCCUGAAAUAGGUCUACACAGCAUGACAGAAUAAACAUAUUUUUCAAGAGAAAAUAUUUGAUCAUAAACAGCGUAAGCUAUGAAUUGGAUUUUCAAACAAAGUUGUUUUAUAUUUAGAAUGUGGCCACAGCACAUGACACAGAGUCACUACACAUCCCAGAAUGCAGUCGAUGGAGAGGGAAAAGAUAUGAGGAUGAUCUACAAUUCCCACGGGUUUUUCGAAUACAUCCAUGUAUGUCAGCAAUGGUUAGGAAGCGCACAGAGACACUAUGAGGAAGGGGAUUGAGUUGAUCAAACCGGCGUGGUAUUAGCUCUAUGGAAAGUAUUAUUAUCAACAAUAAUGUCCCACAUUAAAGCUCCUAUCGCUGAUACGGAGAGGCGUAGGCGGAGGUCCACGGCUGAAAGUUCAGAUACCCAAUGGGACCAUGACCCCCGGGUCUACCGCCGUACAUCCCAGUGUGACAGACUGUGUGUGGACAUUGGCAGCCAUGUGGCCGAGGCCACCUCCCCAGACGUCUCCCACCAAUACACCCCCAAAUUGCUCUCUGCAAACAAAGGAAGCACCACUCCUUUUCACUAUGGGGAAGAGGUCUGGCAGGAUGGCUCGAGCUUGAAGACCACCAUCCGAGCGGAAAAUGAAGUAGAGGCAAACAAACUGGCCAACAACUACAGGUUUGGCUUCAGAAAGUGGAAGAGUCACGUGACUGAGAGGCCCAUCGAGGACAGGUCGGACAUUGUGAGGGAGCUCUACUCAGAGCUGAACUUUGUCAGACCCCAAGGUUCUUUGAUCACUUGUGGAAACAUAGCGUACUUGAUUUUAUUUGGAUGGUGGAUCUCUUUAGCCUACCUCUUGGCCUGUCCUUUAAUGUUUCUGACCAUCAUUGGAGUUCCUUAUGGGAAGCUGUGUUGGAAGUUAUCAUGCUACUUUCUGUGGCCAUUUGGGAAGUCCAUACUAAAGCCCAUCAGCCUGGUCAGGCGAUGCUGUGUGAAGUUCCCUCACUGCGAGGCCAUCCCAGAGGAAGCUGACUCAAAGGAGGUGAAGGAGUCCACGCCCCUGCUCAUGCCCCCUUCUGUCCCCAUCGAGGUCCCCCCACAACGGACGCGUUACUGGUGUCGUGUCAGUACCUACGUGUGGCUGUUGCUAGGCUACCCUCUCCUGGGGCUGAUCCACGGCCUGGCCUGCUUCCUCUCCUGGAUCCUGGUCUUCACCAUCCCCGUGGCCAAGAUGAAUGCCCGCACCCUGGCCGUCAUACUCCUCAUGCCUCCCGAGGACGUCCACAUCUGCCGGCUGAAAAAGCCCCAAGGGUGUGAGAGCCAAGUGCUUCUCUGUUGCUACCAUGCCUUCAACUGGUAUUACUACAAAUACACCAUGGACGGAAUCAAUGUCUUUGCUGUCAACCUGCUGCCCCUGGUCAUCACGACCCUGGUGGUCGGCUAUGUGGACACAGAGAACCAGUUUGUCAGCUCGGAGGCCAAGUUCACCACUGCCGUCAGCUCCAUCAUCCCACUGUCCUAUUACAUUGGCAUGGGCAUCGCCAGUAUCUCAGCUCAGAGUAACUUUGCGGUGGGAGCGGUGGUAAACGCUACGUUUGGCUCCAUCACAGAGAUGACCUUCUACAUCACUGCCCUGCUGAGGGGUCACCAGGCCGGCUCCAAGUGCUAUGAGGAGAUCGUCAAGGCCGCUCUCACUGGAACCCUGCUGGGCUGUAUUCUCUUUAUCCCAGGUAUCAGCAUGAUCAUCGGGGGCUUUAAACACAGGGAGCAGAGGUUCAACAGCCGCUCUGCAGGGGUCAGCUCAGCUCUGCUCUUCAUAUCAGUAGGAGGCGUAUUUGCCCCAACCCUGUUCUCCAAGGCCUACGGUAGCCUGGUGUGUGCAGGCUGUACCAGCUCUCCAGCCAACAUUAGUGGGCCCUUUACCUGUAACGACUGCCACUAUGACAUGAGUGGAAGUAACGAGCCCUUGUAUCUCAGACACAUUGAGCCUCUGGUGUACACCAUCUCUGUGUUGCUGCCUGCCGCCUACCUGAUCGGCCUCAUCUUCACCCUGAAGACCCACUCCCACAUCUACGACAUCCAAGUCAGUGACGGGCAUGACCACCACCAGGGUCAGCGCCCACCGGGGGGUGCCAACACGGCCGGCGCCAGCGGCGGUCAUGGCACGGUCGUCCACUGGUCCAGGUUGAGGGCUCUGUCUGUACUGAUCAUGGCCACACUGCUAAUGGCCGCCUGUGCCGACCUCACCACGGAGCACAUCAAACCCAUCCUCGACCACUCCGCCAUCUCCCAGUAUUUUAUCGGCGUGACAGUGUUGGCGAUGGUGCCGGAAAUUCCCGAGAUCUUCAACGGAAUACAGUUUGCCCUGCAGAAUAACAUCAGUCUCAGCUUGGAGGUGGGAAACUGUAUAGCAGUGCAAGUCUGCAUGAUUCAGAUUCCUUUACUCAUCUUGUUCAACACUUUCUAUGAUGUGGGGUUCGUGCUCCUGUUCAGUGACUUGCAUCUUUGGGCCAGCAUCUUUAGUGUGAUUGUGGUCAACUACAUUUUCAUGGAUGGCAAGUCGGACUACUUUCAGGGUACUGCUUUGGUGGUGGUUUACCUCAUUCUACUGGCAUUGUACUUUUUCGCCCCAUCACCCCCCGCCUGUUGAGCUUUUCCGCAAAGAAGAAACUUCAACUCCCAGAGUCCUUUGAGUCACUAUUUCCAGGAGCUGCUUUGUUUGUGUUCAAACUAUUAUUUCAUUGCCAUGUCGAUUUAUAUUGUCUCUUUGUCUGUCUUUCAGUAGUAUUCAUAAGGGCUCGCAGUGGAAAAGGUUUGGAAUGCUUUGCAGUCCAUGUUGUCCCUCCAUUUCAAUCUGUUUUCUUCCAUUUGUGGCUAAUGAACAUGACCCAGUUCUGGGCAUCAAGGGCCCUUUACCUUUGGAAUUAUUUGCAUUAUGAUUUCUAAAUGAACUUACCUUUUAUUUUAUUUAAACAUUGCACAUCCUGAGGUGUAUGUAAACAAUGUAGAAGACUGAAGAUAUUUUGUAACAAAGAAAAUGUAUUGUCCCAAUGUUUUUUUUCCAGUAGGAUUUUGGCAGAUUAAAAUGCAGAUGUUGUUAAAGCAGGGUUUGUAGAGUAUGCUAAUAUCAAUGUAUAAAGUGGUCACAUUUGUGCUUCGCAUUCA